AUGUCUCUCGCAUACACGACAGUUCCGCUUCAAGUUAAAGGCGUAAAUCUCGAGCUCUCCACCAUCCACCGUCUAAAUUCGACAGCGCCGGUAUUGUUUCUUCAUGGCUUUGGAUCUUGCAAAGAAGAUCUCGCAGACUUUUUCCUUCAUCCGACGCUAGAAAAAUACGGGUUCAUCGCUUACGACGCACCAGGAUGCGGCAACUCCACAACGGACGACCUUUCCGCCAUAGAUAUGCCCUUCCUCCUCGCGACAGUCGAAGAAUUCCUCGCGCACUUCGGUAUAUCUCAGAUCCAUAUAAUAGGCCACUCUAUGGGUGGAUUAACCGCGCUUCUGUUCGCACAUCGCCACCCGGGACGAGUCCUCAGCUUCGUUGACAUCAAAGGCAAUCUUGCACCAGAAGACUGUUUCCUCAGCCGACAGACCUACGAACAUCCCUCCGAAAAUCCAGACGAAUUCUUUGAGGCGUUUAUUGAUCGGACCCGGAAUACGAAGUCUUAUUCCAGUCCUUUAUUUGCCAGCGUGCUACGUACACGGGUACGUGCUGCAGCUGUAAAGCCCAUCUUCGAGUCCAUGGUACGAUAUUCGGAUGAGGACGACUUGGUCACGAAGUUUAUCAAGCUGGAAUGUCCCAGGAUGUUCGUCUUUGGGGAAGAGAACCAAGAGCUAUCUUAUCUGGAGAGGCUGGGCAAGGAAGGCGUGCAGUUAGCGCUGAUUCCGGAAAGUGGGCAUUUCCCGAUGUACGCGAAUCCUGUUGAAAUGUACCGGCGGAUCGCAGGUUUCCUGGAUACGGUAGAAACAGGCCAAUCUGAUAGAUAA